CUCAUCAUUGUCCAAUAAAAUAUAGCCUGCCAUUGCAGACGUGGCACCACCCUCACUCAUUUUCAGAUCACAAGUUGAUUGUCCUCCAAGUUGUAGAUUUGGUUCCAUCAAAAUAAGCCAAUCCCAUUCACCCAAUUCUAACCUUUUUACAUUCUGCAACACCCAAUAACCGAUUCGUCAAGUGCCACAUGGCAUGCUAGCAAUGCAGCUGUAGAAAUCUGAAGCUCUCUAUGUUACUACCCAAUCUCUGCUCUCUGAACUCUGUGCCAAAGUCCCUGUCCUUCUAAACUGGUGCUUUAAGACUCUGGUCCAUUCCAGGUUUUUGGUUGCUCUCCUAUAACUCUCCCACUCAAACAAGAACAAAGAGAAAGAGAGACACUUCAUUGGUGGCCUUCAAUUUACAGCUCAAGAGAAGUCAGAGCUGUGCUUUGAUCAGUGUGAUUUUCUAUUCCUUUUUUAGCUUCUGGGUCUUUUCUUUUACUCAUCUUUCCUUUCUGGGUUUCUAUUAAAAGACUGUUUUUUUUUUUGGGGGGUUUUCUGGUGUAGUAAAGCAGACGCUUUUUUGUUUUUCCACUUAUUGAAUUCUAUUUCUCACAAGUGGUGAAUGAUGUAUCUAUCUAGCUCCUGUGUUCCUUUUUUCACUUGAUUUUUCUCCAUAUUUUCUUUGCUGGAUUAUUUUAAUCUGGGUUCCAUGGUCUCUGUCUCGCCCAAUUUGGGGUUCUCAAUAUUUUAAUCUAUAGAUUUAUGUGUGUUGUAAGCAAUUAUAGCAGUGGGAAUAAAAAAGGGAAGACUUUGCUUUUUGAUAAGACUGUGCAGUUAUAUUGGGGCUUCAUUCCAUUGUUCCUCCUAUUCCUUUUCUUAGGAUAGUUCCAAAUCUGGGUAUGCAUCAUUUUUUAUUGGAACUUCUGUCUGUUCAGACAUGAAUUCUUGCAUUCCUGAUUGGAACUUUGAGGGUGAUCUCCCUUUAACCAAUCAAAAGAAACCCUUGGGGCCAGAUCAUGAACUGGUAGAGCUGUUAUGGAGAAAUGGGCAGGUAGUUUUGCACAGCCAAACAAAUCGAAAACCAGGUCCUAAUCCUAAUGAGUCGAGGCAAGUUCAGAAACAUGAUCAAAUAAGGGUUGGUGGGUUCUAUGGGAACUCAGGUAAUUUGAUUCAUGAUGAGGACGCAGUCUCCAUGAUCCAAUACCCUAUAGAAGAUUCCUUUGAUAAAGAGUUUUCCCAUUUCUUUUCUGAACUGCCUUCCUGUGAUUCACUUGAGAUUGAAAAGCCAAUCAAACAAUUUGGAGAAGAGAAGUUUGUUAAGUUUGAUGCUCCUAGUACCACCCAUCUUGUUUCCUCUUCACCCCAACCUAAUGUGAAGUCCUCUACCGGUGUGGCAUAUCCUGAAAAUCCAAUGCCUCCUCCAAGAUUUCAGAUCAGUAAUCCAACUGAGAAAAAUCAAAAUCUUGGAGGCUUGGGGAAAAUAGUUAAUUUUUCUCAAUUUUCAACACUGGGAAAGGGUGUUGUAGGAUCUUCCAGAAAACAAUUAGGAGGGAAAGAUCCUGGUAAGUUGAAUCAAGCAGAAGUUAGAGAGUGUUCUAUGAUGACUGUUGGAUCGAGUUACUCAGGUAGCAACCAAGUUCCUAAUGACUUUGAUGUGAGUCGGGCUUCAAGCAAUGGUGAUGGGACUACUGGUUUUUCUACUGGACCCUUGUACAACAAUGUUCAAAAGAUGAUGCCUCUGAGUGAGGGAGGGAUGACAGAAACCCUUGAUCCAACUCUUACUUCAUCUUCGGGUGGUUCUGGCAGUAGUUUUGGCAGAGGAGGGAAGCAGUCUAAUGUUGUCAAUAGCAACAAAAGAAAGGGUAGAGAUGCAGAGGACUCAGAGUGCCAAAGUGAGGCAGCUGAAAUUGAAUCAGCUGCGGGAAACAAGCCAGCGCAACGAUCAGGAUCAUCGAGGAGGACACGUGCUGCUGAAGUCCAUAAUCUCUCAGAAAGGAGACGAAGAGAUCGGAUCAAUGAGAAAAUGAAGGCACUGCAAGAGCUCAUACCUCAUUCUAACAAGACAGACAAAGCAUCAAUGUUAGAUGAGGCAAUUGAAUACUUGAAGUCUCUUCAGCUGCAACUUCAGGUAAUGUGGAUGGGAGGUGGGAUGGCACCGAUGAUGUUUCCAGGAGUACAGCACUAUAUGUCCCGAAUGGGAAUGGGAAUGGGACCGCCUGCCAUGCCUUCUAUGCACAAUCUAAUGCAAUUACCUCGGGUCCCUCUAGUUGAUCAGUGCAUGACUGUGACUCCACCAACAAACCAGGCAGUAAUGUGCCAAACACCUGUUCUGAAUCCUGUUGAUUACCAUAACCAGAUGCAAAAUCCCUCUAUUCAGGAGCAAUAUGCACGUCUCAUGGGAUUCCAUCAUAUGCAGACCAUGUCUCAGCCUAUGAAUAUGUUCAGAUUCGGCUCUCAGCCUCUUCCGCAAAGUCAAAUGAUGGCACCAACUGGCAUGAACACUGGACCUUUAAGUGGUGGAGCUGCAACUAAUGAUGCUUUGAGUGGCAAAUGAGUAAAUCAAAUAGUAUGCAUGCUUAUCUCUAUGGUCCCUUAACUUAUAUAACAAGAUUACUUCGACGUGGAAAAUGCGGGUUGUGUCAGACGGUUUGAAGGCUCCCCAAUUCACCCCAUAUGUAUUCCUAUGGGUGAUUGAAAAGUCACUUUUCGUAUUUAUACGCCAAUGAACCACUAUUGCAAGAGUUCAGACAUCUCAAUCGGGCAUUGAACUUGCCCUGAAACCCUACAAACAGAGACAAGACUAGUGAUGUAUCUUUCUGGUUUGAGUUUUUUGGCUCUGCAAGAGAGUAAGAUUGUAUUUCCAGUCCCAUAACUUGUAUAAAAUAUAGGCAUAUUGCUCAUUCAUGUGCUUAUGAAAAAGAUGCCAAAAUUUUUUAGAUGGAUA